GAGCAUUUUCAGAACGGAACAGUUUCCAGUAUAAUGGUUAUCUUCGAUGAGUGCGCGUCGAUAGGUCGCGUUUCGAAUCGCUGUUAUGAGAAUAUGUGCCUCAAAAGGGACUGUAAGAAGGGUAUUGCUCCAAGGCGUUGUAACGAUCUUGCUGCUGAAAGAUUGGCCGAUUACGGAAGAUUGCUAAGCAGUUCGCAGCCCAUACUAAACAGUAGAAGAAGAGACUUGGACAGGAUUCAAGAUUUAUUCCCUAAUGAUAACCUAGGACUUCACCUGCCUGAACCGAGCUCGACUUAUAGCGUGAAAACAAAAUCUUUCCGGAAGAAGUCCCUGAACGAUCUCACCGCUGUCGAUAACAACAACCAUCAUGGCCAUUGUAACAGAAUAUUCCUAGUAGAAGCUCCAUGUGUCAUGUCACCACGCCAGUUUCCCCUCGAUGCCAAACCAAGACACCUGUUCCUGUUUUCGGACCUGCUACUCGUCGCCAAACCGAGGUCUGGGGGUACAUUUAAAUUAAAAGAGAGUAUAAGGGUAUCAGAACUAUGGCUAGCUCCUUGCCCUGAAUCAGAGACUGGUUUCCUGAUUGGUUGGCCGUCACCUGCACGUACAUAUUUGGUUAGUUUUUGCACACAGGCAGCUAGGGACUCCUGGUGGAGAGAACUUCAACAGGCUUUAGCAGCACAGCUUAGGUUGGAACCCCCUACUACAAAUAUUAAGGUGGUGUACCGUGAUCCCCUGAGCGGUACGGAAUGCUCCAAGACUCUUGGUGUAGGACCUGAGAUGAGUUCAGGUGACUUAGCGCGAUUAGCGUUGGACGAACAUCGAGCUAGUGAUUGCGCCUACACGCUGUACGCCAAAGAUCGAGAUAGCGCUCCCUGUCCGCUGAUCGGUUGCGAAAGGCCGCAUUCCAUCCAGCUGGCCAGGCUAAGGCAAUCACUAUGUGCUGAGGAGGGAUUCGAUCUGCAACAUUGCAACAAUAGGAGGAUACCAAGUGAUAUUGUCUUCGAGCUGAAGCCUAAUACGAAGAUCACGCCUAAAAAAACCCCACUGAAACUGUUCAGGAAACCAAGUUGUCGUCUAUUCGGUGUACCUCUGUCCAGGUUAUGUACAAACAACUCCUUGCCGCCAGUUCUCCUUACAGUAUUGAGAACUCUGUUUCAAAAGGGACCACAAACACAAGGCAUUUUCAGAAAAUGUGCUUCAGCCAAAGGUCUCCGGGAACUUAGAGAAAAAAUAGACUCGCAAGGUGCUAUAGUAUGCGAGGAAAUAGCUAGCGCUCCUCCUUUAUUACUAGCUGGACUUCUGAAAGACUUUUUGCGGAGUUUACCUGAACCACUUUUGUCAGGGAGCCCUCAACAGUGGCUGAAUGCAGCUACAACAGGUCGUUUGGAACAGAUCAAAAGGCUCAUCAACCAGUUACCAAAGGAAAACCAUUUGCUGCUGGCACAUGUCAUUUGUGUCUUGAACGCAAUCGCGAAGAAAUCCAGGUUCAAUCACAUGUCUGCAGCUAACUUAGGUAUUUGCUUGGGACCAAGUUUACUUUGGGAGUCCACACAAAAUGCGCCUCUAAGAACCCUACCUACAUUGAUAGAAAAUUUGAUCAACAACUGCCAAACUCUUUUCGGAAACCAAGUGGUAUCACUUCUAGGUGACGUUGCGAAUGACAGCGGAGCUGAGGAGUCUGAUAGUUUACAUUCUCUCGGUCUAUCACUAGACUCAGCAGAAUUGAGCAAGGAUCAGAAAUCCCUGAGUCGCGACUCAGGGCUGACAUUAAGCGAAGAUGACAGAGAAAGUCCCGGACUGAACUAUCACCAACCGUCUUUCCAUCGCUCCGACUGGACCCGUCAAGCUGGUAGGGCGCGGCCCUUGGACAACGCUUGGAUUGAGGAGGAUGAAGCAUUUGGUACCUCCAAUGAGAGUCUUUGUUCACCGCCUAUUCCUCCACGUAGACCUCCACCUUUAAGGCAUUUACCCCCUGUGCAUCUGCCUCCAAUCUACAGACCGCCUCCACCGCCUCCCCCGUAUAGCAGUCAACGCAGGCUGUUAUUGAUGACAGAUGGAGAGAAUGAGAGUUAUGUAUGAGAAGAUUGCGUUUGAUGAAAAUCUCACUGUAUUUAUAGUCUAACUGUAUGUUGACGUACACAUCCUGCCUUAUAUACCAUUAAGAGACCUACCUGCAAUGAGAGUAAAAGUUAAUCGUCAUCCAUGCAUACCCUUAUCGUCUAACAAAUUACAAUUCAGGUAAACAACAACCGUUGCUGUCAAAAGGACAAUUUGUACUGCGUAUCAACACACAGUCGAGCAAGUUCGCAAGCACAAAAAGCCGCGGCUUGCACUGUAAUCAAAAUUAAUUUGUGAACGUAGAACAAACAAAUUUGGAGCAUUUUGACAGAAUACUUAGAAAAAUGAAAUAUUUCUAGACCAUAUGAAAAUUUGUCAAGUGAUUUUAACAAUGUCUGAAAGAUUCUCUUCUACCUCUUUGCUCUCGUUCUUCCUUUUCUUCUUUCCUUCCUUUUUUUUUCUUAAAAUUGUGUGGUUUCUGGGUUACCAGACCUGACACUAUGACUCAAGUGCUAAGGUGCCACGGACCGUUCUGACAACCAACGAUGACUUGACUGCGUAUCAACAACUGAAACUCGAUAACCCAGUUACCUUCAGGAGGUCAGAACUUGGAACAUGUUAGUGGAAUAACAAAGAAAAAGUGGACGGGGCUCUAUCAUUUUUCGAAGAAGGACUGCGUCUCUUCGUUUUCCAACAGUCUCAGCUAAUUUUGAUUUUGUUUCUACUGAAAACGGAUGCAUGUACGAGCUGAGUUAAUAAAUGCUAAAAACUGUCAAAACAGUUACACUUGCUGAUACGUAGCAGCAAUUUUGCGUUUGAUGGCAACGGGUUCCGGGAUACACAAACUCAAAAACAGAAUACUUGCAAUUUAUUUUGAGCACUCGAAUAAGAAAGCUAGACAAAAAAAUCAAGUUUCUUUUGGUAAAAAUUAUUUCCUCUAAUUUGAUUAACCAGAUCUCUUCCUUCCCGCUCCUAACUACGCUUUACUUUCUUGAUUACACAAAAAAAUAGAGUGAGUGUAGUUAGAUAUCGUGAAAAUCUUGUUUUAAACAAGUUCAGCAAACAAUCCAUGUCAAAUUAAUAUUCUACUGGUUUAGCUUGUUUGAAGACUCCAUUCCUAAUAUGUACAUUUUCUCAGGUUACUCAAAACUACUGAUGUAAAUAAAGUUAUCGACUUUUGGAAGCCACAGGGUGCAUUUAUCUUAUUUUUACAAAUGGUACGUAACAGUCAAUUUAUUUAUCGUGGUAUAAACUUAUAUACUGACCAUCUAAAAGUAAUAUUUCUUUAAAUGAGUGAUUCGUUAUGACGGUAGAGAUUGUUGACAUCUAUGUCGUCAUUUCUGAAUUAUAGUAUGUUCAAAAGCAGAUUUCUGGCAGCUAUUAUCUUAUUUCACCAUAAAUAACGUUUUGUACCCCCAUAACUCAUCAUUAGUGAUGUAUCGGAAUUAUGUGCGGUACAAACCGAAAGAUUUAAUGUUUUCUUGUUAGAUGGUUAACCAUGCAUAUACAGGUAUGCUUAAACUAAUAAAUCGCUGGAUGUCUCUUUUUGCUGCUUAUUCUUUCAAUAUGUUGACCAUGUUGUUAUUUGUUUUAUCAUUGAUUAUAAAGUACAAAUUAUAAUAUAGAUUAUAUGUGUUGCCCUCAAUGUUCGAUUGCAAUAUGAUUUAUUGAAAAGAAUGCUAGCUACUGUUAUGCCACUGUACUACAAACUUUCUGUAUAAUUGAUAUCAAAUUUUUCUCCUUUGAGACGCUUUACAUCAAAAGUAAUAAGCGUAAUAGACUUCUGUCAAAUUUGGCUAGAAAUCUUUAGUCGUCCACUAGCGCCAUUGAUAGCCGAUAGUUAGGCAUUUUUCUAUCAUCGAGGUUCUUUCUGCAAAUAGAAAGAUAAUUACAUUUCCACAGAUGAUGUAACUACGACAUACUGAAAAUGUAAAUAUUUGAUAUCUAGCAACUUUCAGACAUGCCUUUGGGGCAUAUGUCUGAAAGUCAUAGUUAAAGUGGGGCUCUUGAAAUUGAUAAAUAAAGGUUAAACAUAUAUUUUAACUCAGUCAACAAAAAAAGGUCAUCAGUGGCCAUAUUGGGUAGUACGAUUAGAUUGCCUAUUAUAGGUCAUUUUCACAUCUAACAUUGAAAUGAGUCGACCAUUUUGCUGGAGGAUGAUCAAAAUAUGACAUUUCAAUGACAAUAAGGUGAGCAAGUGAACCAAAAGUUCUAAUUGUGAUGAAAAUGAUCUAUUUGAUUGACAAAUGACCGACCUGGCCAUAAAAGUGUCCAUUCAAAUGAACAAAUGAAUGGACUGUCACAAUGCACAAUCAAAUGAAUGAGAAUGGAUUAGAAUGAGCAAAGCCUAUAUGUUUACAUUGCAUUGUUUGUCGCCAAAAUUAUGUAGUUUUAGUGCAUACUUUUGACUUGUCUGUCCACCAAUGCCUACCAGCGUUAUAUUAACAUAAUAAUAUUUACCGGUAAAAACAUCUACCAUUAUUAGGCUUGUGCCGCUCUUUGCAACUUAUGUAAGGAGUAUCAUGCCUUGGAAUUAUCUACAAAUAGUCGCACUUUUAAAAAAUAAUACUAAAUUGUGAAUUUAAUUACGACAGAACUGUCAAGUAAUUGACAUAUGUCAAGUGCUCUUGAUCCUCACUACAGACUAUGAAAAUGAGGAGACAACCAAAUCUUACCUUGCUUCUCAUUCUACCCAGUCUGGAUUCGUUAGCAAAAACAAAACUUAUGAAGUUUACAAAUGUUGCCAUUAUUAUGUACUUAUUGAUAUAGAAUGCUAUUGCCUAGUAUAUGAAUGCUUUAAUGUGUGUUUAACAGUUAUAUGCAAAGUCUGAUUUAACAUAUGUUAAGUUAUUUCAAUUUUGAUUGGGAUAUUCUUGUAAAUGAUUAUAAUUUAUUUCCGAUUAUUAGGAAAGCCAUGCUUUUGUACACUUUGUAUAUUUUUUGUACCAUAAAACAUUAAAUUAAGAUUUAUACACAGUUCGUUUGUGUUUUAUACUUAUAAGACUAGCUGUAAAAAUAUAUAUUUGCCAUCGUUUUGAUAGAAAUUAUUAGUAUAACUAUAUUACAAGACAUCGAUAAAAUUAUAAAUGACUAUAUGAAUAACUCUACGGGAUUUUGUAAAUAUCUAUUGAAAAAUAAAUGUAUUCUUAACGUUCCAG